AUUAACUUGGAAAAAUGAUUAUACACUCUGGAAGAGUAUAAAGAGCCCCCGAUUGCACAACUACGAUUACGUUAUCUGGACCCGGCUUCACUCGCACCAGAGUAUAAACACGACUCUACUCUCCGGUAAUCCACAAUCUGAGACCCCUGCUCGAAAUUAGUCUCACUUGGCCGUUCAGCUGUUCGCUACCCAAAUCGUCCGAAAGCUCUAGCUGUAUAUCAGAUCGAUCCGGUCCGGCAUGGGAAGUUUUCCAAUUCUACUUGUCGCAGCGGUUGCUGUUGUUGGCCUUGCGAGUGAUCUUCCAGGUUCCACGCUUAGAUGCGUGUCCAAAAUUCAGAACAGCAGGGUCACAGGACACUGCAUUUCAAUAAAGAAAUGUGACUACUUCAUGAGUAUCCUGUCCUCGGGCAAUCUAUCCCAGAGCGAUCGAAAUCUUCUGCGAGAAAAUCACUGCGGAACAAAUGAGGACGGUGUUCAGAUUUGUUGCCCCAGCACCGAAGGUUUGGGCGCAUUAACUCAUCCAUUGCUGCCCCAAAAAUGUGGCAGGGUUCGGUGGCAACGAUCAAAUGGCACGGUAACAAACAUCCGAGAGUUUCCAUGGCUGGCCUUGAUAGAGUACACAAGAGCUAACCAAGAGAAGCUCCAUGCCUGUGGAGGAGUCUUGAUCAACGAACGGUACAUCCUGACGGCUGCCCACUGUUUGACCCAGGCUCCUGGUCUGGAUCUGCGCAUAACAGCCGUUCGUCUGGGCGAAUGGGACACAAGCACCAAUCCCGACUGUCAGUACCACGAGGACACAAAGCAGGCGGAAUGCGCACCACCAUACCAGGACAUUUCGGUGGAACAGCUGGUUCCACACCCUCUCUACAGCCUAAAAAACCUGAGUCAGGUAUUCGAUAUUGCCCUGAUCCGAUUGGCUAGUCCCGCGGAGCUCAAUGAUUUCGUGGAACCGAUCUGCCUGCCCAACAAGCAGCUCCGAGCCGACGAGCUGGAGGGUCUGGUCACCGAGCUCGCUGGAUGGCAGGCGAGGAGCAGUUCGCGGAUGCAAAAGAGCACCGUAACCAUUUCCUCGAUUGAGGAGUGCCAGCAGAAGUACUCCGUCCAAAACUUGAACAUUCAGGCCUCCCAACUCUGCGGGGUGGCCAAUGCGAAGGAGUGCCACGGCAAUGCCGGGGGACCCCUUAUGCUCUAUAAAAAUGAUGGCUACCUGUUGGGAGGUCUUGUGUCCUUUGGACCCGUACCAUGCCCGACGACCGGUUGGCCGGAUGUCUACACCCGGGUAGCCUCCUACAUCGACUGGAUACAUGAUAAUUUGAGGGCCUGAAGAAGGACUGUUCUUGCAUCAAUUCCUAAAUACUUUUAAUAAACAAAUUUCGUGCCAA